ACAUCGCGCAGUGCAUUUACGACACCAGUCGAUCGCUGGCUCUUUAAACGCGAAGCGCAAGCUCGAGCUUACUCUCUUCAGCUCCUCUUUCAUCUUCUCCGUGAUCCUGCGUACUCUGCCGAGACUCGAGUUUUAUCUCCGGUGGCCACCUUUUUUACUCAAUUAUUACAUACCCUGGACUUGUUAAUUCGCUGGAACAAUAAAUCCAAGUAAAAUCGAUAAAACUUUAGGACUGUGAGUUUUUAUUUCAGUCUCAGUGCCAGUGGUUUUAUUUGAAAAAUUUUUCCAGUGAUACAAAAUGAGUACGCCGGUGAAAAAGGUCCCGAUUCAUCUGCAGAGUGCUGCAAAUCGGCUGCUGAUUAAGAAUGGAAAAGUUGUCAACGAGGACGGGAUCGUUGACAGCGAUGUUUACAUCGAAGACGGAAUCAUCAAGCAAUUGGGUCGAAACUUGAUAAUCCCCGGAGGGACGAGGACAAUAGAUGCACGUGGUAGAUAUGUGAUGCCAGGAGGUAUUGAUCCUCACACUCACUUUGAGCUGGAGCUGAUGGGCGCGACUUCGGUGGACGACUUCUAUCAGGGGACCAAAGCCGCGGUAGCAGGUGGGACCACCAUGAUAAUGGACUUCGUCAUCCCCCAGAAAGACGAGAAUCUUCUGGAGGCUUACGAGAGGUAUCGGGCCACUGCUGAUGAAAAAGUUUGCUGCGACUACGGGCUCCACGUCGCGGUCACCAGCUGGAAUGCCAGAACAAAAGAAGAAAUGUCAAUUCUGGCCCGAGAACACGGAGUAAACAGUUUCAAAAUGUUUAUGGCGUAUAAAGAUUUAUUCAUGCUUCGUGAUCCGGAAUUAAUAGAAGCAUUUACCGCCUGCAAAGAAUUGGGAGCCGUAGCGAUGGUCCAUGCAGAAAACGGCGACAUUAUUGCCGCUAACACAAAGAAGUUAUUGAACGCCGGAGUGACAGGACCGGAAGGUCACGAAAUGUCUCGUCCGGAAGAAGUUGAAGCCGAGGCAACACACAGAGCUUGCGUCAUUGCCAGUCAGGUUGGCUGUCCAUUGUACGUAGUGCAUGUGAUGAGUCGUAGCGCAGCGGAAGCUAUUGAAGAAGCCCGGAAACGAGGGGUUUGUGUUUGGGGCGAGACCUUGGCCGCAGCUCUUGGUACCGACGGCACCAACUAUCAUCACAAAUGCUGGCGACAUGCUGCUGGACAUGUCCUCAGUCCACCGCUUAGACCCGACGAAGAUACUCCCAGAGAUCUUAUGGUCAAAUUGGCUUUGGACGGAUUGCAAUGCGCGGGAAGUGACAACUGUACUUUCAAUGCCGACCAAAAGGCCUUAGGCAAAGAUGACUUCACUAAAAUACCCAACGGCGUCAACGGAGUCGAGGAUCGGAUGUCUGUUGUUUGGGAAAAGGGCGUUCAUGCUGGUAUUAUGGAUCCCACGAGAUUCGUCGCUGUUACAAGUACAAAUGCUGCUAAAAUAUUCAAUUUGUAUCCGCGAAAGGGAGUUAUUGCGGUAGGGUCGGAUGCUGAUAUUGUGAUUUGGGACCCGAACCGCAAGCGAGUUAUCUCUGCGGAUACUCAUGUUCAAGCUGUUGAUUUUAAUAUUUUUGAGGGAAUGGAAGUUACUGGAGUUCCAGAGUAUGUUAUUGUCAGUGGAAGAGUUUGCGUUGAUGAAACUGACUUGAAAGCGGUCCAUGGAUACGGAAGAUUCGUCGAAACACCUCUCAAUCCUCCGUAUGUUUAUGAAAUGGUUGAAGAACGUGAAAAGAUACCCCGAGGAGUAGCAAGAAGUGCAGCAGAAUCUAAAAAACACGCUGAUGAAGACCUGGCGCGUGCAAAAGCUCGCGAAGCUGCUAAAGUCGCAGCUGCUAUGCGAAUGCAACCGAAUAAUAAUCACACCAACGGCAACCACGAGGCCAUGCGCAAUAAACCAAAAUUACGCGAAAUUUCUUGCACUCCUACAUUACCAGAAUCCGCAGUUGUCACUCCUUCAGCUAAGGGACCGCGUCUAGAAGGUCAAAGAAAUCUUCAAGACUCAACAUUCUCUAUCAGCGAAGAUACUGACGAAGCCCGACGUGCCUGUAUCCGGGUAAAUAACCCACCGGGGGGUCGUAGCGCCGGAGGAUUCUGGAAUUCCGGAGAUACUUACGCCUGAAGCAUUUCGCGAAAGCGUUAACUGCCCAUCUAAUCUUCUUCCUUCAACUAGACCGCAGUACUGUUCCAAUUGUCUUUUCGUUAGACUGAAUAACUCUGAGCCAGUCAUGUCU